AUGAUCCAACUGUAUUGGAGUUGGGUAUUAGAUGUUCCUGAAUGUGAUGCACCUAGUGUAGCUCCACGGGUAUGUAAGGACCUUGAUGAGUUAAACUCUGUUGUGCAGCAGUUGAGGAAUGAGGUUGCAGUAUUGCACCGUGAGAAGGGUCAGCUAGAGGAGAAAGUUUUACGCUUGGAAAAGUGUAUCAGUCAUGCAGACGCGAGGAAGACUGGGGAUGCUGGAGAGGAGAGGAAUAAGACUGAGGAUGCUAGAAAGAAAAAGAGUCAGAAGACUGAGGAUGCUGAAAAGAAGAGUGAUAAAACUGAGGAUGGUGGAGUAGCCGAAUCGAGAGAGCAGCAUGUACAAAAUGCUAAAGAAGAGAUGCAAUAUACACCCUCGGAUAUAAAUUGGGAUGAUCCAGGUGUGGUGUGUGUCACCUUUGUUAAAUUUCUUACAAAUCCUCCUCGAAAGAUUGACAUGUCCACUGCUGAGGGUGAAUGUGGCGAAGAUGUUAUAGUUGGGGUCCAGCAAAAGAAGGGUCGGGGAAAUAAUGAGAUUCUUGGCCUUGCGAUGAAGAGGCGAAGGGCAGUGGUGAAGGAAACUCCAUGGACAGGUCGGGAGAUUCCCAAUAUUUCGGAGGACACAAUUGUUGACCCCCUAAGGCCUAUUCCUCGUGAUUCCCUUUUAGAGGUUGCGAAAUUCUGCUGGGAAUGGGGACAAGAAGAAAAUUCACAUGUGCGGUUAUGUGGAGAAGAUGGUAUGGAAGAACAUAGACAUGGCCUUGCUUUUGCUACGGGAGCGGCACAAGAGCUCUGGCAACUAGCAAAUGAAGGCGUAUAUGGGAAAGGAGGACAGGUAGCACAGCAAGGGUCUACUGGGAAUGGUCAAGGGCGAAGGGCCUAA